AUGACACACCUUCCCACAUCGUGAUUUCGAAAAUAUUUGGAAACAUUUUCAACACAUUGUAUGACAGUAACGCACAUACGUAACCUGUUUCGAUAAGUGUAUACACAAUCAAUUUAAUUUAAUUAUUUUAAUCGUGAAAGAAUAUCUUUUAUUUUUAAUUAUCAAGGAAUGUAUAAUGGUUGUCGAAUAACCUCGUAAAACAUUUAUGAUUAUAUCAUAAUAAGAAAUGAGAUAAAUUUAUUAUAUGAUUUGUAUGUGUUAAAUAUAGUUAAGAAAUGGAAGAUUUACAGAAAUUAGAGGAGGAAGCUAAGGUAAGAGGUACACAACAUGUAACAAAUAUGUUGCAGAGACCUGGGCAAUUAGAAAAAAUUGAAGCAUAUAAACGUAGAAUAAGCAGAAAAAAAGCUUCUGUAGAAACUAUGCUUAAAAGUGCAAUGCAAAGUCAAUUAGAUGGUAUUAGAGUUGGUUUUGAACAAUUGCAAAGUUCUCUUGAAAGUAUAACUACUAUAAAAGAAGAAUUAAUGGAGAUAGAAAAAUUGUUUAGUAUCGUACCAGAGCUUAGUAUUAAGUUGCAACCAGUUCAAGAUGAAAAUAUGCGUCAUUCUCAAUAUGUAACUGCUAAGGAAAAUUUGAAACAUAUAUUUACGGUACCUGAAAGCGUGGAGAAGACUAAACAAUGGAUAAAUGAAGGUAAGCUUCUACACGCGCAUCAAAGUUUAAUGGAUCUAGAAAAUUCUAGAGACGAUUUACUCUAUGAAUUACAUAAGCUUCCAAAUCAAUCGAUGGCAGAUACCAUUAUGCUAAAGGCUUACUUCGAGGAUGUAGAAAUAUUAUCACAAUUAAUGGAAAAACAAAUCAGACUUGUUUUAAGCCGUACUUUAAAUACGGUAAGAAAAGAACCAACUGUUAUAGUAACCGCGUUAAGGAUCAUAGAGAGGGAAGAGAAAGCAGAUCAUUUUGCAAUUCAAAGGCACAGACAAAGUGGUUUUAUGCCACCUGGAAGACCAAAAUGUUGGAAAAAUAUGGCAAUGAAAAUAUUGGAGAAGUCAGUAGCAAAUAGAAUCGAAGGUACUCAUGUUGAGGAAAGAGCUGAUAAUAAAAUGUGGUUGGUAAGGUAUUUAGAACUCACUAGACUUUUAAUUCUUGAAGAUCUGAGAGUAGUUAAAACACUUUGCGGCCCGUGCUUUCCACCAUGGUGGAAUAUUGUAAAUACAUUUGUAAAAAUGUAUCAUACUAGUUUAUCCCAACAUUUAAAAGACAUAAUUACUAACGGUUUAGAAGGAAACGAGUAUGUAUCUUUGUUGGCUUGGAUUAUGAAUACAUAUACAGGACCGGAAUUAAUGAAACAUCCAGAAUUAAAUAUAGAUCCAAGAGAUAUUGGACCUUUGUUAAGUUCUGAAAUGAUAAAUGAUCUACAACAGAGAUAUUUGAAAAAUAUGUGUCAAAAUUAUGAAGAUUGGAUGAAAAAGACUUUAGAAACGGAAAAAGUUGAUUGGUGGAGUGGAGUUCUACCAGAAAGUAGCACCGAAGAAGCUUAUUAUCAUACUGCUGCACCCGUUAUUAUAUAUCAAAUGAUCGACCAAAAUCUUCAAGUUACAAAAACGAUUAGUUCUAAUUUAACAGCUCAAGCUUUGAUCCUUUGCAUAGAACAAGUUACUAAAUAUGGUUUCAUGUAUCGACAGGCAAUAUUAGAAUUUAAAAGUAAACAUUUUGAAGACAGAAGUCGCGUACCUUACUUUACUCAUCAUAUGAUUACUAUUGUUAAUAAUUGUCUACAGUUUACAGAAUUGGCUCAACAAAUAAAACAGAUCUAUUGGGUUCCUAAUACAAGUGGUGAUGCCACUGUAAAGUUUGAAAACCUUUUAGCUCAUUAUCAACAACUUAGAAACGAAGCAGCUGCUAUUUUAUUGGAGGAAUCCUUUCUUGAUUUAGAACUUCAUUUUCAAGAUUUGAUUACAUCAAAGUGGUUGCAAUCGUCUAUUCCAAUUGCAACCAUAUGCGUUACCCUAGAGGAUUACUUUCAAGAUUAUAAUCAUCUCAGUUCAAAAAACUUUGAGUAUGUUAUAAUGGAAGCGCAGAAUCUUAUAGCAAAGCGUUAUAUAUCAGCCAUGUUCCAACGAAAAAUAUCCUUUAAGACCUACGACGAAUGUUUAACUUGUACUUCAAAGAUAAUAACGGAAGCUGAUAAAUUAAAAAAUUUCUUUGUUAAAAUAGCACCUAAAGUAGGUAAUUACAAUUCACCUUUUGAGAUAAUCAAACGUCUUGCUGAGGUAUUGCGAUGUGAAGAUUCAGAAAUUCUUUCUCUUGAUUUACAUUCAUUAGUGGAGAAAUAUCCUGAUAUGACGGAAGAUCAUUUAGUCAGAUUACUUAGCCUUAGAGGAGAUAUUCCACGAGGUGAAGCUAGAGAGAAGGUGUCUUAUAUCUUAGAGGCUCAACGCAAUCGAAAGACAUCACAAACUAUAACCAAUAGUAUAUUUAAGCAAAUAAUGAUACAAGACAGCUUCCUUAGUUGGAAACCUUGAAACUGCAAAGAUAUGUUUAGAUCAAACGCAAUAUAAAUUUUUUUAAAUGUAAAACAUAGUAAAUUCAGCAUAAAAAUUUAAGUUAAUACUUAAAUUACUAUUAUACUGAUUCGCGGUAGUUCAUAAAAAAAAA